CCGGUAAACAAUGAAACCAAAAUGUAAAAACAGUAUUUAUAAACAAACCCACUGCCCAAAGAAUCAAAAGAAAAUUCAAACCACACACAAUUAUAAUGGAUUCUCCUGAUGUUGAUGAUAAUGGUCAUAGACAAGGGGAAUCAGAUGGGGAUCCACAACAGUAUCUUGUUACUGGGCAACUUCUCAAUGAUGAGAGGACAAACAGUGCCACGCCCACGGUUGAUGAGGAUAAUGUAGACACAGACAAUAUGAAAGAUGAAUUUGAAAAUAAUGAUAUCAUUGCUUCAAAUCAUGAAGAUCGUGAAGAAGAUUCUAAUCUAGGAACUAAUUAUUCUGUUAGAGACAUUACAGCCGGCGGUGAUGACAUAGUGGAGAACAGCUGUUUAAAUGUAAACAACGAGGAACAAUUAAUCUUUGUUGGUCAUCUGUCUCACCCUGAAGGGGAGACAGAGAAACAAGAUUCAGAUGAUGAGCUGUCCUCUAGGCAUUCACAGGCUGAUGCUGGGGGUGAUCUUGAGAAUGUUUCUAUUGGAACUGAGGACAGUGAAGAGCACAGAAUUGAGACUCAUCUUCAAGUGAACAAUGAAAAUGAGACUGAACUCCAGAAAGGAACUGGUGAUGAAAAUGAAAACAAUGAAAACACACACACCAUCUGGACUAAAACAACAUCUUCAACCCCAGAGGCCUGCGUGGAGGAUCAGGGAGUCACCUCUGAUCAGGAGCUAGAGGAUUUCUUUAACACCAAGCCUGUCAGCAUAGACGAGGGCAAUCAAGACUCCCAUUUCCCAGCCCUGGAUAAUGUUGACUUUGAGACGGAUGAGGAGGGUCAAGAGGUCAAUAAGGAAGUCAGGAGAGUCAGUGUUGAAAGUGAGGCCAGAGGUGAAGAGUCUGAUAACAGUAAAGCUGAUAAUGGGUUGGAAAAUAGUGGUCAGGGUGACCCAGAACACCAGGCUAAUUUAAAACCAGCUGGUCAUGAUAUAGGCAAAAAUACGGCCGUUGAUAACGAUGGGGAUAAGGGCAUCUCAGCUAAAGCCCUGACCAGCCCUAGACUUAACAAAGAUGACUAUCCACUUAACUAUCAGAAUUAUCAAAUUUGCAGAGAGCUGACCCCUGGAGUACAAGAGUGUCUAAUUUUAGAAACAGGAGAGCAGGUUGUCUAUGUCACAGAUCCACACACCUCUGUUGACAAAACAGUAGAGCCUUUGCUUUCUAGAGAGCUUCCAAUUGAGGAGUUAUCAUCCGACAAGCCCUCAUCCCAGGUGUUACCAUCUGAGUUACCAUCCGAGGUGCUAACUUCAAAAUAUGAAUCACCAACUACUAAAAGCGAUGGUUUCAUCAUUGAUGAUAAUUCACCUGAAAAUUCACCCACGCAUAAAUCAUCACCCAGCGCAGAUGAAUUUGUACGUACUUCGUAUGACUACGAAAGCGGACAUUUUGAGCCCGGCCCAGACAACAACGCAGAAAGUAACUUGCGUGCUUUCAUCUCAGAUCACGGCAUUCCCAUAAUCAUGGACAGCAUGGGGAGCAGUGACGACGAGAAUGAUGGGAAUGAAAUGUUAACAGACCAGAACAGUCACACGUUACAGAAAUCCCCCUCAGGAGAUGGGAUGGUAGGUGACGGAAAUGAAAUGCUAACAGACCAGAGGCCCCCUUCAGGGGUUGAGAUGAGGGGUGAUGUUGGGGCUCUAAGUGAGAAUAUAGUGGAGGAUGUGUUGUGUAAUGAUGAGGAAAAGAACAGUGAUGGAACAAGUGUUGGCUCAUCCAAGACCAAGAAACAAAGGUUUUAUGAACUACAACCUGACCUUAGUGUUGAGAGCCUGGAAGAACCUGACAACACCAACAACAACAAGGGCUCAGGGGAUGAACAAGGGGAGGCUAACAGCAACAACAAUGCCAAUGAAAGACUGGCUGAGAAUUACCCCCCUUUUGUUGCUAAAGAAAACCCACCAGUGAGAGAUGUUAGUUUUAAACCAAGUCAAUUCGCAACCAGCAGGCCGUACUCCAGUGAGAGCACACUAGCCAGCAGCAGCUACAGACAUUCAAGUGUAGUUCCAGACUCCACCAGCUCCAGGAGCUACAGUCAACAUUCUUACAGAGAUGAGUCUGUUUCCACUAGCAGGGGUCAGAGGUCGCAUGAUAACAGCAGCUAUUACAGGUCUAUGGGUGGCAGCUCCGAGGAUAUGUCCAGACUGUCCACACGGUACACCCGUAUAGAGCAAGGAGACCCUAGGAUAGAUGCAUCCAAGUCUGAGUCUGUCACUAUCCCCAAGUUCAAAACACUGCAUGACCAACAGGUCAGCUGGCUGGACAUGUUCAAGAUGAUAGAGGAGCAGCACAAGUGUGAGCUACAGUCCCAGUACCAGGAGCACCAGAAGAUUCUACAAGAGAUGCAGAGGAACAUGGAGAAGGAGCUGACCAAGCAGCAAGCUACACUCAAGAAGAGGCUGAACACCCAUAGAGAGAUUUUGGAAGAGCUGUCACCCAAUCGGCGCAGCAGCAAAAAACGUCCAGACAUUCAAAACAUCAACCAGUCCCGCAGGUACGAUGACGAGGACGACGCCCCAGCCCCUGAGAGCUACCACCAGGUUGAUCGUCUGAGUGACAGCGCCAGCCACAUCACUUUAAUGGGUGUUCCCGUGUCACUGAGAAACCCACCGCCACUGAACAGAUAUGUACCAGAAUAUAAUGAGAGAAAAUCGUCUGAUGAAAUUCCCAUAAAGACGCCACUAGAGUUAUCCUCCCCUUCAAGACCAGCUGACACCUCACUCAACCUGUCUCGUCUGACCUUGGGCUCGGACAAGCAGCUUCGUGGGGGUGUCUACAGCAGUCCCAUGCCACUGGCUAAAAGUAAACUUAAGAACUCUCCAAGGGGCAGCAAGUCCUAUGAUGAGGCACAACGCAACUCCCCUAGAGGGGACAGCUGCGGCAACUCUGUCCACUGGGCUUAUGACGGCCACCCUCGUGAUGGGGCGCCAACCUCCAGGCCCACCUCAGGGGAACUCACUGAGUCUGAUGAUGUCUUGUCUCCAAGAACUAGAAUCAGCCUGCGUGAAAAACAUGCCAAGCAUCUGGCUGACCUCAGAGCUUAUUACGAGGAGGAGCUACGAGAAAUGAGGCAGCUUCUCUCCCUUAGACAGGAGAGGAACGCUCGGGACAUUGGUACAUCUGGCAUGACUGCUGAGGAAAAAAUCCUGGCCAAUGAAAAUCAGGAGCUCAAACAAAAAUGUCAAGAAUUUCAAGACAUUUUCCAUGAUGCAAAAAUUGAGAUCAGGGAACUACAACAAAAGAUCCAGGGACUUGAGAUACGAGCUUCUGACUAUGCGGAGAGGUUUGACACAUCCCAGGCGCAGGUUCUAAGCCUGAAGACCAGGCUGGAGGAAGUCACAGAGUUUGCUAAAGAGAAGGAAGCCAUCGCUGGCGAGCUGGAGCUCAAACACAAGAAAACUGUUGAAGCUCUACAAAUGGCUUACAAGAAAGAGAAAGAGCUAACAGACUCAAAUCACAGUGCCAAGACAGCCAUUCAAAGAUUAGUUGAUAAAUAUGAAACCUUGGAGAAAGAUUAUAGCUUGGCUAAGGAGUCAUUGUCCUCUAUGGAAGAGAAGCUCUUAAAUUCAAGAACAGAGGUGAUGGAAGCCAACAACAAGUUUACCCGCCUGGAGCUAGAAAACAAACAGCUGAAACACGACAAUGAAAUAUUAAAACAUGAGCUCACUAUGGCCAGGAGUUCCUUAAAUAUGCGUACAAGCUACGAGGAUUCCUAUCACUCCCCUGGUGGUGUGGACAGAGGUCGACCUUCAUACAGUUCCCCCAAUGUGUCUAGGACCAGGUCAGCUGACAGAUCACAUCACGCCAGAACAGAAACACCCACCACAGACAGAAGCAGAGCAACAAAAGACAACUCUACAGAGUCAGACACUGACAGUGACCUGGUCAAGUCUCCCAUACUCAGGGCAGAGCGAGAGUUACGGAACCUGCAGAAGUCACUCUCAAGUCAAGGCUUCACUCCGAAGCUGCAGAAAAAAUUCUAUGGCAGUGAGAUGUCCAUGCGAUCAGUUGGUCAGUCAUCCAACAAUGCCAUGAAUGGUCACUCCCCUAAUGAAAAGCAAGUCAGGCAUGUAGAAAAUGGGAGACAAUCAAACACCAGAUCCAGUGAAUAUUCCAGAGCUUCCAUCAGGGGAGAGAACUCUAGACAUGCAAAGGAUGGGGGAGCUGAUCAAGGCAGGGGAAAAGAGAGGGCAGUCAAAGAUAGAGAUCAGAAGGGGAAGACAUACAGCUCUCCUACCAAAAAGUCCCAAGGAGGAGAGAGCAUGUCAGGUGAGCAGGCCCUAGAGAGGGUGAGGUCAGGUGACAUCGUGUCUAGACCAGCCUGGGAGGACAUGUACACAUCCAUGGCACAAGCAAGACCAGAGAACAUCAGCGGCAAACUGGCGGCCCUCAAUUCUACUAGGGACAUGAUGAUCAGAGAAAGAUUACAGAAUAUUGAAAAUUUAGAGCGGAAAUAUGAUGACCUAAGUCAUGAGAAGAGAAAGUAUGAGUCAGCCCUCAACAAGCUCCCAGCCCAGGGCCACCGAGCAGAGAAAGACAAGUUAGAAGCUGAGCUGGACAGGGUAGACAGGGAGCUCGGCUCAGUCCGGAUGUCCUUGAAGCGCUACCACGUCCUCAAGUCCACAAUAUAACACAGGGUUAUGUGUACGGUUUUUUAUGAUCUGAUUUUUCGUGUGGUUUGUGUGAAUCUUCCAAGUCAUGUUUUUUAAACUAUUGUUUUGGAACUCGUUUGGCACUGGAAAACAGGUUUUUGUUGGAGGUUUCUUUGUCUCACUUUGGUUUUAGUUUGAAGAAUAAAUAAUGUAUUUAUUAUUACUAUGUUCUUAGUAUAUUUUAAUUCAUUUAUACUUACUGCCAUUGUCUUUUAAAUGAAACCUACUAGCUGCCAAUAUUUAAUAUCUUUGUCUUUUGGCAAAAAAUAUUUAUUUUAACUCUUUUGAAUAUUUUGUAAUGAAGUCGGACGUUUUAAUUAGUUUUUUGUGGAAUGUACAUAUAACAUUAAAAUACAACUAAAUUUCUUAUGAUUUUACUAGGGCAUUGUGUAAGCAUAACAAUAAUAACAUCAAGACAGGAUUCUCUAAUGAUUCAGAGUAAUUGUAUUCUCUUCCACCUCUAUUAGAUCUGAUUUUGAAAUUAUUACUUUUUAAAUUAACGUCAGGUUUUUUGUACGUUUAAUGAAUUUUUUAAAUAAUAAUGUUUUAAAUGUGAUCACCUGGUGCAUUAGUGAACUAGACUUUUGAAAUAUUUGCUGUACACAUUGUUUGCGUUACGAGAAAAGUACAUUACAUGACAUAUUUGUUCACAUAUAAUCUGCCUGCUGUACCAAUGUCAAGUAGAAUCAUUGUUAGCAUCAACUACACUUUGUUAUUGUUACACACCCAACAGGUCAUUUGAUGCAGCUUAAACUACUUGCCACAGAAAAAAAAACAUUCCAAUGUUACAAUGAUUUUACAAAACUAAAUGCUGAAAUUGUUUUACCGCAAACUUUAGAUUUUUCAUGUUAAGUGUUACAGGCUAAUAGACUGAAUGCUAGUGCAUGACAUAACUCUUGUAUUGUAACAUAGAUUUGAUCUGUGUUACUUCUUGAACUUGUGUACUGAGGCCUUGUUUCUGCCAUACAUUUCCACGUAUACCGAGAAUAUGUUGUCUGUCAUUCUAUUUGGAUCUCAUCCAUCUAUUCAACGAUGUAUUCUCCAACAUUUUUAUUUGGUUUGAUAAAGCAAGUCUAAUUGGUCAACUCUGUUAUAAGCCUGCUGACUCUAGACCAAAAUUAGACUUUAAAUAAUUACUGUAUAAGAAUGCAUGUUUUUGUAAGUUAAUUAGUACAUUUCUAAGAAAAAUCCUGAUAUUGAUAUCACCCUGAGGUGCCUGAAAACUAUUACCAACUUUAAAUUACUUUACUGAAAGAAUUUCAAACUAGAAUCUUUUAAAAAUUUUUAUCAGCCAUCCAUUAUAGGCAUUUUGUUAUUUUAAAAGCUUGUAAAUCUGUAAUAAUCAAUGUAGGUGUAAAUGUAUUUUAUAAAAACUUCACAGUAGAUUUAAUUUGUUUGGUCAAAUGGUGGAGCUUUCUACUACUAACCUGAAAGUCUAAA